GGAACUGAUUUUUCCGGAGCGACAGGGGAAGCAGUCCAGCGACGGACCGGGCCCGCCUUGCUCGUGCUUGCGCGACCUGAUAGAGAACUGCAAAUAGAGGCAAAUGGGAGAGAAAAUAACAAGAUUUUACGUGAACAAGUGCAAACUUUCUUAAUGGAAGAGGCUCCCAAACCAACAUUUCAGGAUGAACUGGAAUGGUGCAUCACUCAACUGGAGACUGGCCUUUUGCGCCUUAACCCAACUCCAAAACAAGCCGAUGAAACACGGCACAUCCUUAGAGUAUUGCGCUCCCGCAAAGCUCCCCUUGUGAAGAAGCGGCAAAUGAUGCACCAUGUCUUUGGAGAUUACCGUCUCAAAAUGGCUGAAGAAAACAAGAGAACAGCUAAAGCUGGUGUGACGCCCGGGCAGGUAGAAAUUCAACAAGGAAACAGCCUUCCUUUGGGCAGCGUGGUGUACAGGAAGCAGCAAUCCGACAGCCCUUCUGCAGCAUCCACUUCAUUGCUUACAUCGUCAGACAAUGGCUUCCAAUUUAACUUCGUCCUGCCCGAAAGAACCACAGAAGAAAUGGAUAGAAUCACGGCAGAAGAACAUGGGUUGGAUGGCUCCAGAGAACAGUCUACUGGUAACGGUCCCACUAGGAUGCUGGACUUCUCCACCGGAACACAGCAGCCCGGCUUUGCUUUCAAUUUCACCAUCCCAGAUGCUUCCUCGCCUUCAGGUGAUGCCGUGGAUCCUGGCUGCGCAGCUUCAGCAGAAGCAGCUCCAGAGAGAGACAUCUCAUCCCAAAAAACUGUGGUGACAACAGAGCGAUCAGCCUCUUCACCAUCUGAUAGAAAUGAUGGGAAGGACUCUGUAAGCAGACGCAGCAAAGAACAUCCUAUGCAAGAGGUACCAAGAUUGGAAGCCACCCAAGUAGCUUCAACAGAGGUUGCCGCAGAAGAAUCGGUUGUAGCAGCUGGCGGACCAUCUAAGAGAAAAAAGAAGAAGAAGCCGCCACCGUCAAAAGUAGCACUCAUUGACAAAGGAGGCGGAGACAACAAGCUUGGUGGUCAAGGGACAUCUGAACCAGCUGAGAUGUUACAGCCAGAGGAUCAAUUGAAGAGGGAGAUAGACUGGUGCGUGGAACAGCUGGAACUCGGCCUGAAGACACAAAAAUCCUCUCCAAAACAGACGGAGGAAGCUCUCCGUGCUAUCAAGACGUUGCGCAGCAAAAAAGCAGUGUUGGCGAAGAAACGUCAAGUGAUGCGCCUGAUGUUUGGCGACUACAGAGCAAAAAUGGCAGAGGAAAGGCAGAAGCAGCUGAAGCUCUUGCAAACAGCUUCAAAAGCAGCUCACAUCACAGAAGUGAACGAAGAGACUCAGAAGAAGAGAAGCCAAGUCUUCAGAAAGUCUGCAGAAGGAGCCAGGACCUUCCAGGACCUUCCAGAACCUUCUCGCUGUCAGCCCCCAGCUUCUCUCAGAUCGACAGACCCUUCCUCUUUUAAAUUCAGGCCGUCGCAAGAGGAAUUCUGCUUCAACUUUUUCUAAACUUUUCCUUUUGGCGGGGAGGAUACUGAUUUUCUUCUUUUUGGGGGUGGGGGGGGAGAAGCAGUAAUGAGGAGGGGGAAACCCAAAUGGCAAGCAUGGCCUGUGAAAGGGAGGGAAAUUGCACAAUUGGAAAAUCCCAAUAAAGAAAGACUAA